AUGGCCUCAUUUUCGGGCGCUCCCAGCGAGGUCAUUGUUGAGGUCAUAAAACACUUACCGAGAUCUAGCCUCCCUAAUGUUUGCCUCGUGAGUAAAUCACUAAGACGCUGUGCUGAGCCCUUUCUCUACUCGACUAUUUCGCUCAAAUGGAAUUUCAAAAAAUUCCCCCCAAUCGCCCCUCUCCUCGCGACUCUCCUACGACGGCCAGAACUUUUUAAACACCUGGAUGUCGUAUCAUUAGGAGGGAUGAUGCGACAGAGCGCUGCCGUGCCCCCAAUGGACACAUACAACGUCCCAGUCGACGAGUUUGAGGCUGCCAUUAGAAAAGCCAACACAUCAUUUUCCGACAUGUGGGUUGAGAAGUUAAGAUCAGUUGAGACAUGCAUCUACGCGCUUGCCGCUCUCUUGAUUGCACAUCUUUCUAGAACAACUCAUCUCACGAUCACAACCCCUUGGAUAAAUGGGCAACCGUUGAUUGGCAAGGUCAUGCAAGCCAAAAUCUUCUCUCGUCAGCUCCCUCAAUUUGAGCGGCUUAAACAGUUAAAAUACCUCAAGAGACGCGAUAUCGCUCAUACAGAAAAUAACAGAGUAUUCGGAGAAACUAUUAGUCUCUUCUACCUGCCGACAGUCACACACUUGGAAGUUAUAAUGACAAAUCCUAAAACUUUCCAGUGGCCUGUAGCUACAGGCGAGCCCAACCUCGGCCACCUUACAUCGCUUAAGAUUGGAUGGCUAUGUGAGCGAUUUUUGGCCAAGAUACUUGCUGUUGCCCGGAACUUGGAAUCUCUGGAAUGGAGCUGGGAACAUCAUGACCCACCACACGCUUGGGAGACUAAUAUCAUGGACUUUGAUAAGAUCACUGAAACGCUCCAGCCUCUGAAAGAUACUAUCAAGUCAUUUGGGUAUACAAUGAAUCUUGGGAAAGAAGGCGAGUUAAUGGACAGUCUGUGGAUGCCUGUCCAGGGAAAUUUCCGCCAUCUUCGUGAGUUUACAAGACUUACUCACCUGGAGGUCCCGCUCACACCACGCUCGGAAACCGACUCAACGCCUCUUGCUUUAGCAGACUUUGUUCCCGACAGCGUUGAGGUUCUUACUCUCUCUGGCACUGCCUUAAACAUGGAAUGGUGUCGUGGCGGUUGGGAUGAUGGCGACGAUUUCGAAUUGGACGAUAUUCUUCCUCUUCUAGAAGCUGUGGCUCAUGAUCGCCCUGCAAGAUUGUCACGACUGCGGAGUGUUGCCAUCCUUGACGAUAGAAGUGGAAUUGUCCGUCGCCAAAUCGGUGAUAGAAUAAAAAAGCUCAAUCUCGGUUUUGAAGUCCGUUUCUAUUCGUAUUAG